AUUCAUAUUUACCAUAGUAGCUCCCUUAUAGUGAAAUAGAAAGAGAGAGGAAGCAAGAAAAUAUGGGAACAGAUAUCAAUGUGUUCUGGUUACCAGUUUUAUUGGUUUCUAUGAUCAUUAUUUCAUCAGGGCCAAAGUUAUCCGAGUCUGCUAGGAUUUUCACCAUAGUAAACAAUUGCAAAGAGACAAUCUGGCCUGCAGUGUUUCCUGGGGAGAACUUCAAUGGUGGUGGUUUUCCACUAAAACCAGGCCAGGCCAUUGUAUUCACAGCUCCGGUUAGCUGGUCUGGCCGGAUAUGGGGUCGCACCGGCUGCAACUUUGACAAAAAUGGCAAUGGAACAUGCCAGACUGGGGCCUGUGGCAGUAGCCUCAAGUGUGGAGCCUCAGGAAAACCCCCAGCAUCACUUGCUGAAUUUACACUAGCACAGCCAGAUUUUUAUGAUGUUAGUCUUGUUGAUGGGUUUAACUUGCCAUUGACUAUCACACCUGUUAAUGGCUCGGGAAAAUGCGGUGCUUCUGGUUGUGAUGGGGACCUGAGGACUACUUGCCCCAACGAAUUAUCUGUGAAAUCAAAUGGGAAGACUAUUGGCUGCCGGAGCGCCUGUGAUGUGUACAACACUGAUGAGUAUUGUUGCAGAGGGGUUUAUGGAAACGCAGCAGUAUGUCAACCCACAUAUUAUUCCAAGAAGUUCAAAGAAGCAUGCCCUACUGCGUAUAGUUACGCGUAUGAUGAUCCAUCCAGUAUUUUCACUUGCACAGGCACUGAUUAUAUCGUCGCAUUCUGCUCAUCCAGGUUUUUACCAUGA